AUGUUUGUUGGUCGUCUUCUCUUAGUGGUUCUCCCUGUGCUGGCUCUAUGUACUGCGGAUUCUAAACCACAAGGGUCAUCGAUUUUGGGAACUCUACAACAAAAUCGGUUGCCAAGGUUUCUGGAAAAUAAUCCUCUUCCGAACGGACUUCCAUGGGGAAAUAAGAACCCUAAGCACGAUGAUCCGAAACAUCCACCACAUACUGGAGUGACCAGAUAUUAUGACUUUACGCUCAGCCGGGGAACCGCCUCGCCUGAUGGAUUUCUUAAGCAAGUCAUGCUCGUCAACAAUGAGUUUCCAGGUCCCCUUGUUGAGGCAAAUUGGGGUGACUGGAUCCAAGUCACCGUUCACAACAAUAUUUCAGGGCCAGAAGAUGGAACCAGCAUCCACUGGCAUGGGCUGCUACAAAAAGAAACGCCUUGGAUGGACGGAGUUCCGAGUAUUAGCCAAUGUCCUAUCGCUCCUGGAUCAACCUUUACAUACCGAUUCAGAGCCGACGUUUAUGGGACUGGUUGGUAUCAUUCUCAUUACUCAGCCCAGUAUCUUGACGGACUAUUCGGUGCCAUGGUCAUCUAUGGCCCAACACAUACAAAUUUUGAUGAAGAUUUGGGAGUCAUCAUGGUUCAAGACUAUUUCCAUCGACCAUAUUUUAGCGUACUUAAAGAUGAAAUGAGUAGCAAUGUUACUCUCCAAGCUCAAUUUGCGGACAAUACAUUAAUCAAUGGGAGGAUGCCAUUUAACUGUAGCUUGGCGGCUCGAGGUAGCACUUGCGACUCUUCCGAUGCGACGUACUCCAAGUUCAGGGUACGUACUGGAAAGACUUACAAGUUGCGCCUCAUCAACUCCGGAGCAGGCUCGAUUGAGUACUUUUCAAUCGACAACCAUCAGUUAACAAUUAUCUCCAAUGAUUUUGUGGACAUUAUUCCCUACAACACAACGAUUGUGACUCUUGGAACCGGUCAGAGAACAGACGUACUCUUCACUCCCAGAGGAAAUGGUUCAAUCUGGAUGCGAACCCAGACCAGUGGCAAGUUUUGCGGUGGAGCACGAUCAGUAGCACCUAAAGCUCAGGCAAUCAUCCUUUUGGACGACUAUCCAGAAGAUACGAUCCCCACCACAACGGGAAAUCCCCCUCCAGUAGACAAUGGAAUGUGCGCAAAUGACCCACUCGAUCUUACCCUGCCAUACUACCCAAUCGCCCUCCCUGAACCGUCAGUCACCUACAAUAUCCUCAUCAAUCAAGGCUUCAACGCAACAGGACAAAAGCUUUUCUACAUGAACGGGAACUCCUUUCAGGGCGACUACAAUGACCCCAUCCUGCUUCUCGCCGAGCAGAAAAACUACUCAUACCCCUACGACCCGAAAUGGAACGUCGUCAAUUUCCAGACGAACAGCAGUAUCCGGAUCAACGUCUAUAACAACAACACGAGCCCUCACCCAAUGCAUCUACAUGGCCACGACUUUUUUGUCCUCCACGAAGGGGCCGGUCUCUGGGACGGCGUUUCCAUCAACCACCCUGAGAAUCCUCAGCGUCGGGACACCCAGAACCUGGCUCCUUUUGGCCAUGUUGUCCUUCAAUUUGAUGCGGAUAACCCAGGAACAUGGCCGUUUCACUGCCACAUCGGGUGGCACUUGUCUCAAGGCCUCUUCAUGACGUUUAUGGAAAGGCCAAAUGAUAUUACCCAGAGACAGAUCCCUUUGGUGAUGGCAGAGACUUGUACAAAAUGGGACGCUUUCACGAAAAAGAAUGUCGUUGAUCAGAUUGACAGCGGUUUGAGGAAACGAGAGCGAACGGUGAGGAGGUAG